GAUUCAAAUUACAAACGAAUAUUAUUGAAUCAGAUAAUGAUUCAAGUAUAGAAGAUGACCAAAAAUUAUCACACAAGAGGCUUUUCCCUAUUCCUACCACACUUGAAUCUACUGAUAAAUCAUCGCUAUACUCAUUUAAAGAUUUUAAAGAGGCUAAUAGUCUAUGCAGUGUCACCUCAUUAUUAAUUAUGAACAAAAUUAACAAUAAUUAUUCAGUUAGUUUUAUUGAUGGUAAAGAGUUACCGAUUGGAUACAGUGAAAUAGCUAAAUUAUUCUCUAAAAAAGACCAUAUAAUUAAUCAAAAGGCUAAAAAAGACGCAUCCCCAUUUUAUUUGGCUACCAGCAAUCUUUUGAAGCUAGUUACAGAUAUUCUUGACAAACAUGGUAUUAAUUAUGUUGUCUCCGAAGAUAAUCUGAUCUAUGGCGAUUUCGAUGUGCUUAAGUUUAUCAUUAAGGUGAAAUGGAAAAACCAGAAUCAAAUGAUCAACAUGCGAGACGUCCAAACUUUCAUCGACAAGAUGAGUGAGAUCGAAAGUGAUAUUGUAGGUUUCAUUGUAACAAACACCAUGUAUAGCAAUCAGGUGGUCGAGGAAAUAAUGGAGGAAAACAUAAAAGUGAAAUUAUGUAACAAGGACACUUUGAUGCGUAAUAUGAUCGAGGAGAAAAAAAGUCGUGAAACGAACGAAACCAUAGAUUUCGAAAGUGUGGAUGGCACAUUGUGCCUUGACGAUGAUGGGACAUUCAGUGCAAGUGGGACAUUUAGUGUCUCUGUAAAAAGAAGACGCUAA